GUGUGGGUGAUGAUGUUGUGUUUGUGUGUGUGUAUUUUUGUUGUGUCGUCACAGCGCCUGGCCUCCGUGGGACUGGACGCGAAGAACACCUUGUGCGUGUGGGACUGGAGGGGCGGACGAGUCCUCGCCACAGCCACCGGCCACUCGGACAGAAUCUUUGACGUGGCCUGGGAUCCGCUUGUGUCCGCCCGAUUGGUCAGCUGUGGCGUCAAACACAUCAAGUUCUGGACUCUGUGUGGAAACGCUCUGACACCCAAGAGGGGAAUCUUCGGGAAGGCGGGUGACCUUCAGACCAUCUUGUGUGUGGCCACCGCCAAGGAGCAAACCACCUACUCAGGCGCGCUCAAUGGCGACGUGUAUGUGUGGCGCGGAAUCUCCCUGGUCAGGACCAUCCAGGCGGCACACGGAGCGGGAAUCUUCAGCAUGCACGCCUGUGAAGAAGGUUUUGCCACCGGAGGACGAGACGGUUGUGUGCGACUGUGGGACGUCGACUUCAAGCCCAUAACCAAAAUCGAUCUUCGUGAAGCCGAGCAGGGAUACAAAGGUCUGUCCAUCCGAAGCGUCUGCUGGAAGGCUGACCGCAUCCUGGCAGGCACACAGGACAGCGAGAUUUUUGAGGUCAUGGUCCGGGACCGGGACAAACCGGUUCUGCUGAUGCAAGGUCACAGCGAGGGGGAACUGUGGGCACUGGACCUUCAUCCCAAGCAGCCAGUCGCUGCUACCGGAAGCGAUGACCGCUCUGUCAGGCUCUGGAGUCUGCCGGACCGAACCCUGCUGGCUCGCUGUAAUAUGGAAGAAUCGGUGCGCAGCGUUUCCUUCAACAACGACGGAUCUCAGCUGGCUCUGGGAAUGAAGGAUGGCUCCUUCACGGUCCUGCGAGUCAGGGACAUGACGGAGGUGGUGCACAUUAAGGACAGGAAGGAGGUGAUACACGAGCUCAAGUUCUCACCAGACGGCUCCUUGUUGGCGGUGGGCUCCAAUGAUGGUGUGGUGGACGUCUACGCUGUCGCCCAACGCUUUAAAAAAGUGGGCGAGUGCGGCCACUCUACCUCCUUCAUCACACACCUGGACUGGUCCGUGGACUCCCGUUUCCUGCAGACUAACGACGGCGCCGGAGAGCGCCUCUUUUUCCGGAUGCCAGGUAAAGUGCUGUCCAAAGAAGAGGCCAAGGGUAUCCACUGGAUGACGUGGACGGGUGUUCUGGGGCCAGAGGUUAACAGCAUCUGGCCUAAAUACUCCAACGUCACCACCGUCAACUCUGUGGACGCCAACUACAGCAGCGCCGUGCUGGUGACUGGCGAUGACCUCGGCCUCGUAAAACUCUUCAGGUUCCCGUGUCUCAAGAAAGGUGCCAAGUUCAAGAAGUACAUCGGCCAUUCUGCACAUGUGACCAACGUGCGAUGGUCUAAGGAUCUUCAGUGGGUCGUCAGCACCGGCGGGGCCGAUCACGCCGUCUUCCAGUGGCGCUUCCUGCCUGAGGGUGUCAUGAACGGUGUCCUGGAACCCCUCCUCCAAGAGGGUUACGCCGACUCCAACAGCGGCGACUCAGACUCUGACGUGUCCGACGUGCCAGAGAUCGACUCGGACAUCGAACAGGAAUCUCAGCACAACUACGAGCGUCAGGUGUAUAAGGACGACCUCCCGCAGCUGCGGAGGAAGCUGAUUGGUUCUCUGAAGAGGCAAAAAGCACCGGAGGAGGGGCUCAGCCUGCAAUUUGUUCAUGGGUACCGUGGCUUCGACUGCCGUAACAACCUGUUCUACAGCCAGGGCGGGGAGGUGGUCUACCAUGUGGCUGCGGUGGCUGUGGUCUACAACCGCCUGCAGCACAGUCAGAGGUUCUAUCAGGGCCACGAUGACGACAUCCUCAGCCUCACCCUGCACCCGCUGAAAGAUUACGCCGCCACCGGCCAGGUGGGCCGGGACCCGGCCGUCCACGUCUGGGACAUCUCAACUCUUAAAUGCCUGUCGCUGCUCAAAGGUCACCACAGCAAAGGAGUUAGUGCGCUGGACUUCACAGCUGACGGAAAGAGCCUGGUGUCUGUGGGAAUGGACGACUUUCACUCCAUCGUCAUCUGGGACUGGAAGAAAGGUGAACGACUGGCUAAGAGCAGGGGCCACAAGGACAAGAUCUUUGUGGUGAAGAGCAACCCCUUCAGGAUGGACAAGCUGGUGACCUUAGGGAUGAAACACAUCAAGUUCUGGCAGCACUCAGGAGGCGGUCUGACAUUCAAACGUGGAAUUUGCGGGAACCUGGGCAAGCAGGAGACCAUGAUGUCUGCGUGUUACGGUCGCUCAGAGGACUUUGUCUUCUCGGGCGCCACCAACGGUGACGUUUACAUCUGGAGAGAAACCACGCUUGUGAAGACGGUCAAGGCCCACGACGGUCCCGUGUUCGCCAUGUGCUCCCUGGAUAAGGGUUUCGUGACGGGCGGGAAGGACGGUGUGGUGGAACUCUGGGAUGACACGUUCGAAAGAUGUCUGAAGACCUACGCUAUCAAGAGAGCACUCCUGUCGCCGUCCUCCAAAGGACUGCUGCUGGAAGACAACCCGUCCAUCAGAGCCAUCACCCUGGGUCACGGCCACAUCCUGGUGGGGACCAAGAAUGGAGAAGUUCUGGAGAUCGACAAGAGCGGUCCGAUGACGCUACUGGUCCAGGGCCACAUGGAGGGUGAGGUCUGGGGUUUAGCAGCUCACCCGCUACUUCCUGUCUGCGCCACCGUCGGCGAUGACAAAACGCUGAGAAUGUGGGAACUUUCUGCCAACCACCGCAUGGUUGCCGUGCGCAAGCUCAAAAAAGGUGGACGCUGCUGCGCCUUUUCUCCGGACGGCAAAGCGCUGGCGGUGGGUCUGAAUGACGGCAGCUUCCUGGUGGUCAACGCCGACACCUUGGAGGACAUGGUGACGUUCCACCACCGGAAGGAGCUGGUCUCCGACAUCCGCUUCUCCCAAGGCGCAGGGAAGUACCUGGCUGUGGCGUCCCAGGAUUCCUUCGUGGACAUCUACAACGUGCUGACCAGCAAGAGAGUCGGCAUCUGCAAAGGAAUCAGAAGCUUCGUCACGCACAUGGACUGGGAUGCUCGAGGAAAACUUCUGCAGGUCAACACAGGAAGCAAGGAGCAACUGUUUUUUGAGGCUCCUCGAGGACGCAGACAGAGCAUCAGCGACGUGGAGUUUGACAAGCUGGACUGGGCCAGCUGGACUUCAGUUCUGGGUCCCAGCUGUCAGGGAAUUUGGCCAACCUACGGUUUUGUGAACGCCGCAUCGCGCACCAAGGACGGUAAAGUGCUCGCCACCGGGGACGACUUUGGCUUCCUGAAACUCUUCAGUUUCCCCUGCAGGGGUCAGUUUGCCAGGUCCAAGAAGUACGUUGCCCACAGCGCCAACGUGACCAAUGUGCGCUGGGCCAAUGACGACGCCACGCUGCUGUCUGUGGGCGGAGCCGACACAGCGCUGAUGAUCUGGACCAGAGAGGCGGGUCACAAGGAGAACAAGGCGGUGGACAGUGAAGAAUCUGACGAUGACGUGGAGGAAGACGGAGGCUACGACAGCGACGUGGCGCGGGAGAAGGCGGUGGACUACGUGACCAAGGUCUACUCUGCCAGCAUUAGGAAGAUGACGGGAACUAAACCUCAUCUGCAGCACAAGGAACUUCCUGUCGACGAAAGACCUGUGGUGAGUCGAGCAACACCACUGCCUGAGAAACUUGCCAAGAGCAACGUGAUCAAGACAAAGAAAGGGGUAGAAGAACUGCAGCUGGAACACGUGUUUGGCUACCGAGGCUUCGACUGUCGCAACAACCUGCAUUACCUCAACGAGGGCGCUGACAUGGUCUUCCACACGGCGGCCGUCGUGGUGAUCCAGAACCUUUCUUCCGGAAGGCAAAGUUUUUACCUGGAGCACACGGACGACAUCCUGUGCCUGACCGUCAACCAGCACCCCAAGUACCACAACGUCAUCGCCACGGGACAGAUGGGUGACAUCACGGACCUGCCAGCAGGCCUGGCCCCCUGCAUCCACGUGUGGGACGCCACCAGCAAGCAGACCCUGUCCGUCCUGCGCUGCUCCCACGCUAAAGGUGUGGGCUACGUCAACUUUAGCGCCACCGGCAAACUUCUGCUGUCUGUGGGGGUGGAGCCUGAGCAUGUGAUCACCGUAUGGCGCUGGCAGGAAGGUACCAGGAUCACCAGCACAGGCGGCCACCCCGAGCGCAUCUUUGUGGUGGAGUUCAGACCGGACUCGGACACACACUUUGUGUCGGUGGGAAUCAAACACAUCAAGUUCUGGACUCUGGUGGGAGGCUCCCUUCUGUACAAGAAAGGUGUGGUGGGCUCGGUGGAGGACGGACGCACGCAGACCAUGUUGUCCGUGGCCUUUGGCGCUAACCACCUGACCUUUAGUGGCGCCAUCAAUGGGGACGUGUACGUGUGGCGAGAACACUUCCUGGUCCGGGUGGUGGCCAAGGCGCACGGUGGUCCGGUGUUCAGCAUGUACACCACGCUGCGGGACGGACUCAUCGUCACCGGUGGAAAGGAACGUCCGACCAAGGAAGGCGGUGCGGUCAAACUGUGGGACCAGGAGAUGAAGCGAUGUCGAGCCUUCCAGUUGGAGAGUGGCCAGCCCGUGGAGAACGUGCGGUCUGUCUGCAGGGCCAAGGGUAAAAUCUUGGUGGGAACCAAAGACGGAGAGAUCCUGGAGGUGGGAGAGAAGAACGCCGCCUCCAACACCAUGAUCAACGGACACACGCAAGGAAGCAUCUGGGGUCUGUCUGCUCACCCUUUCAAAGACGUCUUCAUCUCCGCCAGCGAUGACGGGACCGUCCGCAUCUGGGACCUGGCCGACAAGAAACUGCUGAACAAGGUAACGCUGGGACAUCCUGCCAAGUGCGUGGCCUACAGUCCCAACGGGGACAUGGUGUCCAUCGGCAUGGACAACGGAGAGUUCAUCAUCCUGUCGGUCAACUCGCUCAGCGUGUGGAGCAAGAAGAGAGACCGCAGUGUGGCCAUCCAGGAUGUUCGUUUCAGUCCAGAUAGCCACCUUCUUGCAGUGGGUUCUCUCGAAGGCGCUGUGGACUUCUAUGACCUGUCUCUGGGACCGUCUCUCAACCGCAUCGGUUCCUGCAAGGACAUCCCGGGCUCGGUCCUCCAGAUGGACUUCUCUGCCGACAGCAAACACAUUCAGGUGUCCAGCAGCACCUACACUCGACAGGUCCACCAGGUUCCUUCAGGGAAGAUCGUGGCUGAGCCCUCCACCAUUGACAGGAUCACUUGGGCCACCUGGACCAGCAUCAUGGCCGAGGAGGUUCUGGGAGUUUGGCCUCGGAACGCCGACAAGGCGGAUGUCAACUGUGCCUGUGUGUCGCACGCCGGCCUCAACCUGGUGACCGGAGACGACUUUGGCCUCAUCAAGCUCUUCGACUUCCCGUGCUCCGACAAAUUUGCCAAACACAAGCGCUACUUUGCUCACUCGGCUCACGUCACCAACCUCAGGUUCUCCUGCGACGACAAGUUCAUCAUCAGCGCCGGCGGGAGUGACUGCAGUCUGCUGGUGUGGAAAUGUCUAUGAAGUCUUUCACCUUAGCUUGCUUCCUGUCUUUCACCUUAGCUUGCUUCCUGUCUUUCACCUUUGCUUACUUCCUGUCUUUCACCUUAGCUUCCUUUCUGUCUUUUACCUUAGCUUACUUCCUGAUUUUUACCUUAGCUUACUUCCUGUCUUUCACCUUAGCUUACUUCCUGUCUUUCACCUUAGCUUCCUUUCUGUCUUUCACCUUAGCUUACUUCCUGUCUUUCACCUUAGCUUACUUCCUGUCUUUCACCUUUGCUUACUUCCUGUCUUUCACCUUAGCUUCCUUUCUGUCUUUUACCUUAGCUUACUUCCUGAUUUUUACCUUAGCUUACUUCCUGUCUUUCACCUUGCUUCCUUUCUGUCUUUCACCUUAGCUUACUUCCUGUCUUUCACCUUAGCUUACUUCCUGUCUUUCACCUUAGCUUCCUUUCUGUCUUUUACCUUAGCUUACUUCCUGAUUUUUACCUUAGCUUACUUCCUGUCUUUCACCUUGCUUCCUUUCUGUCAUUCACCUUAGCUUACUUCCUGUCUUUCACCUUAGCUUACUUCCUGUCUUUCACCUUUGCUUACUUCCUGUCUUUCACCUUAGCUUCCUUUCUGUCUUUUACCUUAGCUUACUUCCUGAUUUUUACCUUAGCUUACUUCCUGUCUUUCACCUUGCUUCCUUUCUGUCUUUCACCUUAGCUUACUUCCUGUCUUUCACCUUAGCUUACUUCCUGUCUUUCACCUUAGCUUCCUUUCUGUCUUUUACCUUAGCUUACUUCCUGAUUUUUACCUUAGCUUACUUCCUGUCUUUCACCUUGCUUCCUUUCUGUCAUUCACCUUAGCUUACUUCCUGUCUUUCACCUUAGCUUACUUCCUGUCUUUCACCUUUGCUUACUUCCUGUCUUUCACCUUAGCUUCCUUUCUGUCUUUUACCAUAGCUUACUUCCUGAUUUUUACCUUAGCUUACUUCCUGUCUUUCACCUUGCUUCCUUUCUGUCUUUCACCUUAGCUUACUUCCUGUCUUUCACCUUUGCUUACUUCCUGUCUUUCACCUUAGCUUCCUUUCUGUCUUUUACCUUAGCUUACUUCCUGUCUUUCA